AUGAAUUAUAUUAUUACCAUGCGAAUUAUUCGUGAUUAUUAUAAACAACAUUGUGGUAUUGCAGAUAAUCUUACUUGUUAUACGCAUUUAAAAUGUUAUCGAGGUUCUGCGCUAAUAUGUUUAGAUUGGACGGAAAUCUGCGAUGGAAAAUUGGAUUGUCUCGAUGGAAAUGCUGAUGAAGAACAUUGUUGGCAACUUGAAUUCAACGAGUGUCAACCGAAUGAAUAUGUCUGUGAUAUCGAUCAAUGUAUCCCGUAUGAGUUCGUUCGAGAUGAUAAACAAUACAUUGAUUGUAUUGAUCGAUCAGAUGAAAAAGCUCCGCGUGUUAAGAAUCUAUUCGAGAUGUACACAGCCGAACCUACACUUGGAUCUGAUGAUUUCAGAUAUACGGAUGCCGAAUUAUUCGCACGAUUGAAACAUCGGUAUGUUCCUCUCACAGCAAUUCAAAAUGGUAAAUGCGAUUGUGGAUACAUCGAUGAAUCGUUCUGCGGAGAUGAAAAUGAACACGAAACAUUGGUUCACACGGCGAUAUUGUUUCCGACCAUUUGUGAUGAUGUUCAAGAAUUACGUGCAAUAGAAAUCGAUGAACAAAAUCAUACAGAUGAAACCGAAUGUCAACCAUGGGAAUGUGAUAAUAUUUAUACACGUUGUGAUGGAAUUUGGAAUUGUUUAGAUGGAAGAGAUGAAAUCGAAUGUAAUUUCUCACCAGCAUUGUUCAAUUGUUCGUCGAAAUAUCGAAUAUGUGUCACACCAGGUACAUUUGAAUUUACUUAUUUACCAAAACAUCAACUUAAUGAUGGUAAAGUCGAUUGUCUCGGUGGUACUGAUGAACCCAAACUUUGCGAAGUCGACUUUCAAUAUUUCAUACGAGGAGGAUUUUACUGUACGAAUAAUGGCACUCCGAAUUGUCUCGAAACGUACGAAUUAUGUAAUCAGGAGAAAGAUUGUUCAUUUGGAGAUGAUGAACAAUUUUGUUUACAGAAUCGAUCAACACUACCUCAUGAUGGACUUUGUCGUCCCAAAGAUCAAUUGGUUACUUCGAAUGUUGACAAAUUCAUAUGUAACAAAAAUACAAAUGAAUUAUUCAAUGAAUACAAACUCAUCAGUCUACUCGACAAUCGUCGUUGCCUUCGUGGUCUUGAUGUGCGAGUUUGGUUAAAUCAACCAUCGAAUCUUUAUACGAGUACAUGUCUUUGUCCACCGAAUUACUACGGCAAUCAAUGUCAAUAUCAAAAUCAACGAGUAAUUUUAGCAAUUCAAUUUCAUGUUUCAGCUCAAUCACGACAUACGCAAUUUGCCAUUUUAAUCCGCAUUGUUCAUUCUUACGAAUAA